AUGGCUUCUAUAUCCCCAGCGAGACUCGGCGCUACUACCAGUGGCUCCGUCGGUCGAAUAUUGCGUUCGUUCGCGCUACUGGUCGUGCUCUCGUGCCUCAUUAGAGUCUGUUACCAUCAACUCAUCGCACUGUCAUCACCCGACGCUUUUUACGCCUUCAACAGUAGUACCGCCGGCGCAGUUCGCUAUCGCCCCUCUAGGCUCCCUCUCGAGAAACUGACCGACUCGUGCGUGACGGCCAUAAACUCCCUCGCCCACUCCCCGCCCAACGGUGACGGCCCCGCGUUGACUCCGCCGCAGGAGCUCGCCGCAGCGGCGGCUUGCAGAGCGGAGCUGCGGAAUGCGCCGCUGCAGCAAUGGGCGGCGGAAGCGGGGUGGAGAGAGGCCGCCGACGUGGACUACCAGGUUGCGGUGCCGCCGGAGCUGCCGAGCCCGCGCGCUCAGCUCACAUGGGAAGCUCUCAGCCCCGCUACUAGCCCUGCUACUAGCCGCCCUACCGCCGAUAGCCCCAGUAGUACCACUAGUAACAGCGACAAUGGCGGCACCAGUUCCGUUGACGAAACCCUGAACGCUUCUGCUGACUCUGUCAGCCCUGGCAGUUCCACUGCUGCCGCUCCUUCUCCUGCUGCUGCCGCUGGUGCGGCUGUUGGUGUUGCUGCUGCUGAUGGGGGUGCUGCUGCUGGUGGUGGCGGGGUUGCUGGCGCCGCCCCAGAAGACUCCGCGGCGCUGCUGUGCUCCGAGGGGUGGCAGCGGGCGGCGAUGGCGCGAGCAGUAACGAGCGCGUACGUGGGGAGGGCGGUGAAGCGGAACGUGACGUCGCUGGCGCGGAUAGAAGCCGGCGUGGAUGCUGUGUGUCGUGGGGUGCGCGAGAUAGAGGCCCGGCUGAGCGGCGACCGCCUUUUCUUUUUCUGCCCUCAUGCCACGAGGACACGCAAGCUUCCCCACGUUGCCCACUCUAAGAAGAAGCUCUGUGUUCCUCCCUUCCCCUCCCCAUUCACCUUUUCCAUCGCACACGCCCUCCAUUCCAUCCUUCCUGGUGCACCAGGCCGCAGAA